AUGCAUACGUUGACACCGGAAUCAGUCUUUAGUAAAAUAAAGAUCGAUCCCAAUUCGACAAUACGCAUCUAUUUUAGUUUUUUUCUCUGUAUCUACUUGGAGAGAAAAAUCGGUAUUUUAACAUUCACUAUCUAUCUAUCUAUCUAUCACAGUGUUCAUUUCUUUCUAUCUAUCUAUCUAUCUAUCUAUCUAUCUUGCUACUUUAAUUAUAUAUACUUCACCUGUGACCCUAGAAGAAAAAAAAAAAGAAAAAAUCAUUACACUUUCACCUGCAUGGGCUUUAAUUCCGAUCGCUUAUUCCGCACUCACUUUCAUCACGAUCUCCACGCUCAUAUUUCUUUCUUUCUUUCUUUCUUUCUUUCUUUCUUUCUUUCUUUUUUUUUCUUUCUUUCUUUCUUUCUUUCUUUCUUUCUUUGUAGCAACGUACUUUUACUAAUAUCUAUCUAUCUAUCUAUCUAUCUAUCUAUCUAUCUAUCUAUCUAUCUAUCUAUCUAUCACAUUUUCAAUUUUUAUCAAUGCGUACCUUUUUCCCCACAAAUAUUUUUUUUUAUCAUUCGGUUUUCUCGUGUUUUCUUUGUUCUUUUCACUUAUCCUAUCUUUAAUUCAUUGUUCCUUUUAUUCUUUCCUUUUCUGUUUUCUUUUUAG